AUGAUAUCCAGCCCAAUUUUCGACAUUGCCAUGAUGGCAUUCCUCUUCAUGGGAUUGGCUAUUGGCGCUCCCGUUGAUCCUCAUGAAAGCAUCACUUCUCAUGAUCUCGGCGAUCCUAGCCAGCGGAACAACACACACAGUCCCGUCUCAACCCAGGCAUUUGACGGUGAUCUAACCUGGUAUGAGACCGGGGUUGGAUCCUGCGGCUGGUUUAAUAACGGGGGAGACCACAUCUGUGCCGUCUCUCGUGUUGUCUUUGACCGCGCGAAUGUAGACGGCAACCCCAACCACAAUCCACUUUGUGGCAGGUUGAUCCACAUCCAACGGGGUGACAGGGGUAUUGAUGUCACUCUAGUAGAUCGCUGUGAGGGAUGUGAUGAGUUUGACAUCGACGUCAGCCGUGGUGUUUUCGAGACACUCGGUAACCUCGAUGAGGGUCGCGUUCACACUGAUUGGUGGUGGAUAUAG